ACAUGGAGCGAAGGAGAUGAACAGUUUCACUCUGAUUUGAUGGUUCCAACAUUGUUGAUUUAUGGUAACCAUGACAACUUUGUUACACUGGAUGAGGAGACUUACAUGCAUGAGGUACUCUAUAUGUAGAGGAUAUUACACAGCGGUGCAAGGAUAUGAAUUUUAUCUUCGAGUGGUAAAAACAAUAUUUUACGAGUGAGUAAAAUAUUGUUUUCCAUCACGAGAAGAUAAAAUUCAUGUCUUCAAGCCACCAUGUACAGUAAUGUUCUUUUUAUUAUAUACAGUAGUCACUUCCACUAUCUGCUUUUCGCCAAUAAACUCUUCAACUUAUUACUCGUACUUUGAAAUGUAAAAUUAAAAUCAAAAUCAUAUUUAAAAUUAAAAUCAUACAAGUCGCUUACGAAAAUAAGUUGCUCUCCUCUUUAUUUUGAGCUUUUAUAAAAAAAAUUAAAACAACUAUACUGAAAAGGAAAGCUGUACAUGUUUUAGGCAAAAUAAUUGAGGAACAAAGUCGUACAAAACAGUCAAAACAAACUUACCCUAUACUUCAGGAUUUCCCAUAUACUAAAUCAACCCUUGUUGUUUCUUUUAAAAUUUUGAAAAAAUAUUUUACAAUUUAUUGCGUGAAACGAUUUCCCAAGCUUUAUUACAUGUUUUAUUAAAUCUUAGCCUCCUUCACUCCUGGCAAACAGCCAUAUUUUUUAGAUCAGCGAGAUGACCACCCAUACACCAAUGAACCGUAGUUGAUGAACUUUAGACUUCGUAGAUGAUGAUGACGAACUUUAGACUUCGCUAAUGCUUUCCUUUCCCCGGGUGUAAAUAGCUGGGCGGAAUAAGUACCCACACCCCGGGCUAACGCCCGGAACAACCACGUCGUUGGGCCAAAUAAAAAUAAUAGUUGGUUUCAGGUUUCACAGCCAUGUUUUAUAUGGGUAGGUACUGUAGGUCGGAAAAACAUUUUAUUUAAAAAAAUAUUUUAUCUCAAGUAUGCAAUAAAUAUAAGUUGUUUAUGAGUAAUGUUCACGCGUGAUCAAACGUGCGUGCGGGAUCACACGCGAGCUACAUGUGUUUCGCGAGAAACAAACGCAUCAAGGCGUUUUCGUCUUUUUUCAGCCGUAGCUGCCAUGUCAGAAUAAUGUACGUUUUUAAUAUUUUAUUCAACUGUUCUUUGUGUAAAGCUAUGAUUAACAUGACUUGAUAAUGAUUAAACUAUAAGCAAACAAAAUCAUUUGUAGACAAAUGAGUCUGAUGACUAUUUAUAUAUUCUGUUCUUUACGAAAAGAUGGUCUUUACUGGGAAAUGUCAAUAAAAUGUUUAUGGUCGGUCAUAUUUUUGACAGGUCGGUCGGAAACCUGAAACCAACUAUUAUUUUUAUUUGGCCUUGGCUCGGGAACAGUGCUGCAGUAAUGCCUUAGUGAUGUUCUUAAUAAAAAUUUCAGACAAUCUAUGGAUCGUCACUGGAAGUCAUUGAAGAUGCUAGUCAUAUGGUCAUGUUAGAAUGUCCUGAAAAACUAAACGAACUGAUAUUACAAUUUCUCCGCCGUGAUGUAUCUACGCAGUCAGAAGUUUUACUCGCAAACAAUAGUCACCCAGGAUGUUCCAGUAUCUCUGAGGUGAAAAAUACGGCAAGUACCAUACACGAAUCACAAGUUAGUCUUAAUACGCCUUCAGUUACAUAA